UUGAACAUCUUAAAGGCCAGUCUCCUGUUUCCUCUAAUAAAACAUGAUCCAUUGUCAGGUUCCUUAGUGUCUGACCUAACGAAAAGAUUGCCAUCGUUGCUGCACUGACGACGCAUCUGAAGCUGAUGUAAUUUUAGAGAGAAAACCACAGGUGACGUUCACUUAACUUGUUAUGUUAUAUGUAGAAGAAAAGCUAUUCAUAGGGAAGAACUUCUCAUAUCUAGAGACUCCUCAUUCAAAUCUCACCGACACAUAGAAGCUUUCACUUUUGGGGGCUCAUCAUUUCCGCAUACACACUCAAAGGGUAACAUUAGCCAUUUACCUUUUCAUUUUCUACUAAGCUGUGGGCGGUGCCAUGCGAGGAACAAGUUUACCAAACAUUGCAAAUCAGGCACCCAUUUUUGGACUGUAUAAACAUCAUUCCACGUGAAAUCACCCAGCAUGCACUUCAGGAACUUGAAGAGGGAGAAAGUGUCUUUGCCUGCAAUGAAGUCAUCCGUAAGCACCCCUGCAUUCAGUGGGCAGGCGUGAAACUUUCUGUUGAGUCAGCCACUUUCAACGAGGACAAAAUUAGCAUUCUUACAGGAGUCUACAAUUAUUACAUGUACGAGAGAAUCAGAGGCCCGCUGUACCAGCUGAUGUCAGGGCUAAAUCAAGAAACGAACCUCCUGGACCAUAUCCAAAAAGCACCGGAUGCUUUUUACCCGCUCUUUUGCAGGUCCAAGGAGCCGCAAAAAUUAGAUGCCCAAAAAUUUUACAAUUUAUUUAGUACUUAUGCUUCUACACCUCAAGAAGAGAGAGUGUUGGCAAAUUGGCAAUGUUUUCUACAAGAAGUUGAAGAUAAUAAAUCACCUGUAAACUUUGCAGACAUUCUCAUUUUUGCCACUGCUGACGAAAAAAUACCCAGUCUUGGUUAUUUGUCAGAUAGACCAAAACCACGUAUAAGCUUCAUUGAAGGUGUAAACCCAACAGCGUCAGCAUGCUUCAAUCACUUACGUCUCCCACUGGAUAAUUUUACUUAUGAGUCCUUCAAAGAAAACCUCCAGGUAGCUUUUUUGAAGUGUUCCCGGUUUGACCGUUCAUGAAGAGAGAGAACCUUUGUGAUGCCUUUUUUAAGAAUACAGCUGUGCUAACACUUUGUGCCUUUUUCCUCGGUCCCUAGACUUUUCGAGCUUUUAUUGUAUUUUGUUGACUUUUCAAUAGCCUAUUUUUUAUAACCUUCUUUGUCAUUUUGCAUGGCAAUAUAUCUCUUAUGGGCAUUCCACUAGUAUCUACCUUAUGAUAGGUUGUAUGUUUUCCUCUUAAGUCAUUACUUAAUGAGUUGACUACUCAGUACUCAUUUUAUGUUACCUUUUUUUACUCCUACGUUUUAAGUAACCUUUUUUGUGUCACUUUGUAUUACAGUUCUAUGUGUUCCUCUUGAGUCAUUUCUUAAUAAGUUGACUACUCAGGGUCUUAUGUUACCUUUUUUUAUUCCUUGUAACUCUAAGGUAACCUUUCUUACGUCAUUUUGUAUUGAUUCGGCACAGGCGUUCUCUUGUGGGAUAAACUGGCCGUUAUUUUUCUUUCUGUGAUUUGAAAACUCGCCCACCAAGGGAUGGUAUUUGCCAGUAUUCUGUAUAAAUUUAUUUCUAUGUUUGUCUUGGUUUUUUUGGAUGGAACUAGUCUAAUGCUGGGCAUUUUUUUCUUUUUUACUACCUUUUAAAAGGUCUGUAAAAAAACAUGUCCAACAGCUAAGCUGAUAGCAGCUUAAUAGCAGCUGGCUAGGUCUUAAAACCGGGAUUUAACGUCGAGUUGGACGGGCAACUAGGAUAUUUUCCAUCUGGCCGGAUUAGUCCGUGUAUUUAUUUUCCUUUUUACUGUACUAUAUUUUUUAAAUUUAUUUUAUCGUAUUACUUUGUUUUAUUUCCUUGCUGACUCUAUUUUUCCUUCACUCUAUUUUUUUUCAAGGACUUCAUUUUUUUUCUUUCAUUAUUUACUUCUUAUUCCUUUACUUUGUUUUACGUUUCAUUGUAAUUAAUUUUAAUACUUGAUCAUUAUUUUUUGGACUUCAGUUAAAUCUUUGAAUUCCUUCUAUUCUUUAACCUCAUUUACUUUUUUCCCUUAUAAUUUAUUUUAUUCUUCAAAUAAUUUUUUUACUUCAUCUCCCUGCUCCCUCUAGUGUUUUACUUCAGUUGAGUCCUUGACUUCAUUUCAUCGUUUACUUGAUUUACUUCAAUUUAAUUCUCUUCUCUUGUCUCUGUUAUUCUAGUAUUUCCACCAUUGUAUUGUUUCAUUUAUUUUUUUCCCUUUAAAUUUUUCAUCGACAUUCUGAGAUGCAUUCUGCAUUUGAUUGCAUUUUGAUGUCUUCCUCAAAGAAACUAAGCAGGUGGGAUUGCUUUCAUCUCACAGCUGCACAGGUACUAAGCGGAAGUUCUACAGGAGAGCAACAAGCACUCAAGAUGAAGAAUUUCUUCUUCAGUUGAAUUUAAAGGUUUCAUUAGAAAUUUGAAAAAAAAAAUAAAAAUAAAAAAAUUAACAACCCGAUGUGAAUGAA